UUGGACUCGGAGUGAAGGUUCAAUAUUUACAAGCCAGCGAAGAGAUGGACGGGCUGGACAUCCUCGAGGACGGUGUCAUCACUUUCUACUGCUUCUCGCCGCGCAGCAUGUACGAGAGCUGCGACCUGCCGCUGCCGUCGCCGCCGCCGCCGCCGCUCAAGCCGACGCCGCCCGGCUUCCUCCACUCGUCCCGGCUCGUCGACGCGAUGGAGUCGCUCGACUCGACGUCGGGUGGUAUGGUGCGCAAGGUGCUCCUCAAGCUCAAGGAGCGGUCCGUUGAGCCGUUUCCGCUCGACGACUGGCUCUACUUCUGCGAGCACUGCGCCAAGUACACAACGCACACGACGGCAAAUCACAUUUGCCACCACUGCCACGCCAUGGACUCGCACAAGAGCGAGGCGUGCCCCAAAGUCCGCGACCGCUUUUGCUCGUUCUGCGCCUCGAUGGCGACACGGGCGCCGUCCGCACACAGCAGCGCCGACCACCUCUGCUUUCAGUGCCACGCGCGCGGGCAACACCUCACGUGCCUCUUGCCGCAGGCGCCGACAAGGGCCUUUACGCAAGCCUCGUCGUGGUUCCAUCGGGCGCCGUUCUGCUCCUUUUGCGACAAAACCGCGUCCCACGAUACGUACAUGCACGUCUGUCGGCUUUGCAAGCAAGUCGGCGACCACCGAUCCGCCGACUGCCCGAGCGCGCGGGAGCCGUGUGCGUUCUGCACCGCCACCUCCCACGCGACAUCCGAGCACGUCUGCCACCACUGCAAGCAAGUCGGGGACCACCGCGGUCUGCACUGUACGACGCAUAGCACGCCCGGCUUUUUCCCAAAGAAGCUCACCGACAUGGAAGCCAAGCUCCGAUGGACCUUGGCCAGCAUGGGCCUCUGGAGCGGCGGGUCGCAAACGCCGCUGACGACGCCGCGUCACUUGUCGCACCCGUCGCCGCACGCCGAGCCGUCGACGCUGAGCGCGACGACGUACGUGCUGUCGUACAUGGAAGGCAAGUCGAUCGUACCGGCCCGCGUCCUCAAGUACAUGCGGCUCCUCAUGCACCACGAUGUGCCGACGAAUGCCUUUGACGUGGUGGUGCGCAUUGACAUUUGGGAAAUGAAGCGGCCGGGGAUGGUGAGCCCGCAGUCGUUCCCAGCGACGCCUCGGCUUCGCUCGCAGCACCACACGCGCAUGAACGCGUACACGGAGAGCGUCUUGAAAGGCGCUCGCGUCAAGCUGGAAGGGCUCAUUCGCCAACAGUACGGCGAUGCCGCCAUUCGGUGACCAGACUCUGCGUUGCCUUGUACUAGUAUAUUAAGACGAUCAACUUACUACAAUCCAACUUUAAUGUAUCAACGCAGCCA